AUUCGCUCUGGUUCAAUUUGUUACAGUGUCGCUGUGCUGUUGCAUUUGGCAACAUUGUAUCCUAACAUAGGGACGGGGUAAAGGAAAGGCAAUUUCUUUCCUCACCAAAUAACCUGGUGCGAAGGAGGAGAACCAGAAGGAAGGAAGGAAGGAAGCAAAGAACAAAGAGACGCGCAUUAAGCAAUGCGCAGAGAUGUUUCGCUACUAAAUCCAGCGGCUCCCACCAACGUCGCCUCUUGAAAAGCCGAAGCUGUACAAUGUAUCGUGACUGCAUUAUGAAAGAUAACAAAUAAACCCUUCCGCGGUUUGAACUCACUUAAAUACACACACAGAAAGAAGAAAACGUGCGGGAAGUGUCGGCGGAAACAGUCUAUCUGGCUUUGUUUUACCCUGCAGACUGAACGCAUAUACGCAGCGAUUUUCUUUUUGUUGUUGGUUGGAUUUCCAAGGGAGGGUGUUUCAUUUUCUUAAAACAAAAAUUGGGGGAGAUCUGCGUUGCCAGGAGGAGAAGGGGGCGAUGUAUCCACAAGCUAGACAGUCGGCUCCGUCGCAGUCGGCACAGCAGUUGAAGUUUACUACCUCGGACUCCUGUGAUCGUAUCAAAGAUGAGUUUCAGUUUCUGCAAGCCCAGUACCACAGCCUCAAGUUGGAAUGUGACAAACUGGCCAGUGAAAAGACAGAAAUGCAACGUCAUUAUGUCAUGUAUUACGAAAUGUCUUACGGCUUGAACAUCGAAAUGCACAAACAGGCUGAAAUUGUCAAAAGAUUGAAUGGAAUCUGUGCUCAAGUCAUCCCUUUCUUAUCUCAGGAGCAUCAGCAGCAGGUGGUUCAGGCUAUAGAGCGUGCAAAGCAGGUGACUGCCCCAGAGCUUAAUACAGUCAUCAGGCAGCAACUUCAAGCACAGCAGCUGUCUCACCUCCACGGACUCACAGUGCCACUCACUCCUCUUCCAGCGGGCCUGCAGCCUCCGGUCAUUCCAUCGGUCAGUGCCAGUGCAGGGCUCCUGGCAUUGUCCAGUGCCCUGGGCUCACAGAUCCACCUCGCUACGAAAGAUGACAAGAACCAUCACGAUAGCGAUCACCAGAGAGAUGAGGGAGUGCAGAAACCGGAUUAGGAACUUUUGAGGAUCAUUCAACACAACAUCCUUAAAAAUGAUCUUUUGGUGUUUGUUUUAAUGCCUGUAUAUAUCUCGGAGGUGGCAAUUUUGUGCUGUGUAUGUUAUUAUUUAGGGGAACAAAACUUAUUUUAAAGCUACAGUAUAUUAUUAAAAGCAACUUUGUUUUAGCAUGAACAAAGCAGGAAUACACACUAAGUUUGAAGUUGCCUCGGACGAGGCCUUAACUUAUUGGCUUGUCGACCUAAUGGACUUUCUAGUGUUCAGUAUUUCCAAGAUAAUUGCUUCUGAUUCAGCCAGUUCAUCGAAGUUGUGCUUUGCAGGAAUUUGCCUUUCCUACUAGUUGCCUCCAAAAUUGGGUUGUUAAGUGAUUAACAUUGUGGAAUGACCUGUGACAAUUCAGCUCUCUAUCAUCUCAGAAACCAAAGCAAAUUUGCCAAAUUUGUGGUCAGACGAUGGUCAGUGCUAAUGAAAUCCAUUCUAAAAUGGCCUGUGAAUACCUUAAACAAAAUAUUUUAUCAUCUGGUAUUUCUCCAGAACCAUCAACAAUUUGCUGUGUCAUCUUGCUUUUUUGUGGGCAAUUUUUGUCAUUGGGUCAUUAAUCUUUUGGUCUACAGUCAUAAUGAUUACUGCUUUUAAGUUGGAGACAACCACAAACAUUAUUUUGUCAUCUACCUUUUCCCGAAUGGAAAAGAGAAAUAUAUUGGCAUAUCAUUCAGUUUGUGCCAAAAUGUUCCAAAUCUAGCAAGGAAGUGCUGUAGUAAACAUGCUUGUAUUUGUGUGUAGGUUUGGUUAAAUGGGCAUCAAAGUGGCAGCUGUAAAGGUCAAAUCAAAACAAAAUGGCUGCUCUAGUUAAAAACAAAACUUGUGUCCACCUUUGUGAAAUGUUGAAGGAUUUGUGGCUGUGCAGUCAGGUUUUUCAGCAAGCCUCUCCCGUGAGGAAUGGGAGAGGAAAUCUAUGGAAGCCUUAUUGUUGAACAGCCCUCUGGAAUUAACCUAAAUCUUGUCAAAAGAAGUAGGCCCAAUGUUAACCUGCUAGGAAUUGGUACUCUGGAUAUUAGCCAAAAUAUAUUUGCAGUUUGCAGUCAGAUGUGGGUGUGGUGAAUAUUUGUUUUCAAUUUGCCCUUUUAAUAGUAAACAGAAUAGCAGCAACAAAAAAAAAUAGUCUUUGAGGUAAGUGGAUAAGUUGAGGUGAAGUUGGCCCUGUGAUUGGUUAGUUUGCAACAGAAAUGGUUGUUCCUCUAGGUUGACGGUGGACUUUAUGCAUCCUUCAGUGGUUUACAACUUGAAGACAUCCCUUUUGCUUUCUCCCCCUUCCCCCGAUCAGGUCCACUUAAAGAAGCCAACAAAAAGUAUUGGUUCUGAUUCCUCCAUCUAAUGGCCAUGAACUAAUUUUGCACAGAAACAAAAAAAAUAGGUUCUAAGGUUCUUCCUGGUGUUUCCUUAGUAAUGGCACAGAUUGAUGACAGCCAUGGUAGCUCGUAAUUUGUGCUGGUUUUGUCCCUAAUUAUGAUAGAUUUAACAAAUUCUUUAAAAUUUAAUUAAUAGUAGCCUUCUGUUAUCCAAGUCUAUAGUAGAGAGGGCGGAAAUGAACCCCAGUACCAUAGGUGGUGCAGUGACAUUAGCUGCAGACUUCAAGGUAAAUGGCCCCCAGUUCGAAUUUGGCCGGCUCCUUGCGCAAUUUCCAUCAGUGGUGGGUUGAGCAACUCGGGCUCGUGUGCCCAGUGCACCAUAAAGCACAGGUAGGAACAACAAACUUAGGUUGAUGACAACACAGAACAUAAUGCUUGAAGUGAGCCAAUGGCCAAAUAUCAUUGAGCAUUGAGGCACACCUCUUAAGGGUUAGCAGUUACAAAGGAUCACUGGGGCAAGAUCAGUUUACCACCUGUGCUUUGCACUGAAUUAAUUUGUACAUUCGCGUUUUGAUAUGUGGAGAGUUUUGUAAAUAACUGACAGAUGAGGUUCCUGCUUAUGCAACCUCAAAGCUCCCCACUUUCCAUAACUGCACCCCACACACCCAAUUUCUGCUUUCCAACUGACAACGUUGAUGUUUCAUGUCUAAGACACUUUAUCAGAACUGGGACAAGAAAUGAAUAAGUUGCUUUUUAAGUGGUAGAGCGAGUGUUGGAAGAAGAAAUAGGACAAGGAAUAUCUGUGAUUCAGGCUAGGGUUGCCACGGGGAUGAGCUGCAAGUGAUGUUAUCUGGCCAAUAGAUUAAUAAGGGCAGAACGUUCGGGAGAGAAAGAGAACCUGAACAGUGGACCAUGAAAGCUGUGAAAUGAGGGCAUUUAGAGAGUGAAAACAGAAAGGAAUAUAAACGUUGCAAAACGCAGGGAAUAGAGGGCAUGCCACAGUAGCAUUGUGGUUAGUGCGACUCUAUUACAAUGUUCUGAGUUCAAUUCCAGCUUCCUCUGUAAGGAGUUUGUAUGUUCUCCCCAUCAUCGCAUGCGUUUCCUCCAGGUGCUCCAGCUUCCUCCAAAGACGUAGCAGCUCGUAGGUCAAUUUGUCAUUUUCAGUGGUUCUGUGAUUAGGCUAGGGCUGAAUUGGUGGGUGGCUCGGUGGGCGGGAAGGGCCUGUUCCACACUGUAUCUCAAAUAAAAGUCUGCACAAAAUUCUCAGAACAUUCUCCCCUCCCCCCACAUGCACAAAAAAAGAAGAAAAAUAAACAACAUGCAAAACAGAUAUCAACGAGUCUUGGUAACAUGGAAACCUAGAAUGUCACGGUAAAGGAUCUCUCUUCCUUAACAUUUGCCCUUCUGUACAAUCUCCAUACUAACUCCUGAAGUAACAAAUCACUGUAUCUGCCAUUAUCUUAACUCCUACAUUCCCAAUGCAUUCAAAACAGACUUUUUUGAGUGCAUUUGUGUUUAUUGUCUUCUUGAUUCGAAUAAAUAUGGUAUAUUUUAUCUUUUUGUCCAUGUAUUCUGGCUAUUGAAAGUAUAGGUCACGUUUAGGUGGAUCAGCACAACCUUGCAUCAAAAGCCAUGAAUUGGAUCUCCUUGAACUUUACUUGGAAACUGUGGAAUUCUGUGAGCUGUUGAUGGAUUUCCAAAUAAGAAGUUUAUAGAAAUAAGUGUUAAACUAUACUGUGUAUAUGCUAUGGCUUUAAAUUUCAACGAGAAUUUCUUCAGUUAUUUUAUUUUCUUAUGAUUUAAACCAGCUCCUAGCUACUACUGCUAGCUGGCAUUAGGCCACCUCUCCCUCUUCCUCUGGCGUGCCAGGUACAAUUAUUCAUUUAAAGCUGGCUUGCAUUCCUCGACUUGCUUAGCAGAAAAUCAUCCAAAGAUGGUAACUUUCUAUAGAGCAUAUUUUAAGCAUUCAGUCAUUAAAAUGACUGUUUUUCCAGAGUAAAGUUUAAAGUAAAACUCAACUCUAAAGGAGAAGGGGUAGUUUUUUUUCACAUUGUCAGUUUAUUUGUAGUGAGGGGCUGUUAAAUUGCCUAGUCCGUUGUGUUGAUGUGAAGCAAAUUUUGCUUUGCAAAAAAACCAGAGAACUUGUUGCAGGCAGGUUUCAGAGUGGAUGGCUGAAUAGGUUAGAGAAAAUACCUUCUGUCUGGGGAAUAUGGUGUUGUUGUUUGUCAUUGUUUUCCAUGCACAACCCCCACUUUUCAGGUUGAUCGCAAGUGAAAAUUUUCAGCCAAACCUACCACUCCAAAUCCUGAUCCUUUAAUCUGAAGUCGUGCUUUCUCUGAUUAGCUGUACAAUUUGCCUGCUUACUUGCAUGAUGUGCACAUGGACUGUGCAUGUGUUGCCAUACCAGUGACUGUAGUAUUCACAUAACCUUGGGCCAGGGAUCAAUUUUUCUUUUGAGUAAAAUGAUGUUAAACCUCAGCUGAGCUGAGUGCAGUACAAUUAGAGGGGGUAAAAGGGCACCCUUAAAUAUUGAGGCACUUUUGUAAGUAUUCUAAAUCAGCUUAAGCCAGGUCUGUGUUGACUUGUUUAGGCUACAGUUGUUUUGACAUCUAGUAAAACUAGAAUUGCUGAUGUAGUUGAGUUUCAUCACCUAUGUGGAAAGAUUGCUCUUGCCUGUUAUUUUGAUAAAUGCAUUACCUUUCACUGGGGUAAGCCUCUCUUGCAUCUAUUACGUGUCAGUGUGGUGGGUGAAGUGAUGGAUUAGAAUUGGUAACACACAAUGCUGGCAGAAUUCAGCAGGUUGGGCAGCACUUAUGGAAAGGAAUAAAGAAUUGACGUUUGGGCUGAAACCCUUCAUCAGGACUCCACCUUAUUAUGGCAUCUGCCCCUUCCUUUUCACCCCUGAUAUGAAGGGUCUCGGCCCAAAGCACUGAUUCUUUGUUCCUUCCCAUAGAUACUGCUGGACCUACUGAAUUCCUCUAGCAUUUUGUGUGUGUGUUAUUCUAGAUUUACAGCAUCUGCAGAAUCUCUUGUAAUUAGAAUUGGUGUUCUUGAGUCACGUGGAGGGCUUGACGUGGCAUUGGAGUAUUUUGUCCUCUUCCCUGAUGGCACCAACUCCCACUGGAUCGUUACACACACACACACACACACACACACACACACACACACACACACACACACACACACACACACA